CAAUGAUAUAUUCGUAAAUAAAUGAAUUGAAUCUACGUAACAAUUAAAUUUCGUUGCACUGAGAUUUGAAUAAAUUACAUAUUUCAUAAUUGAAAUCAAUAUGAUUUAUUUAAACAAAUUACACAAGUGAAUAGUAAUUUGUGAUCUAGUUUAGAAAUAUACCUUAAAUUGAUAAUAUAAAGUAUUAAGCUUAUUUCAAUGGUUAAGAUCAUGAGUCAAUUGAAGCUAGACCACCAUGGAAAGCCCGGAAGCACUGGACGGCCGUUUCAUCCUAUUGUGGGACUCCUCAGCACUGCGCAUCUACAACCCCGCCUCGUUGGAUUCGAACCCAGGACCUAUCAGUCUCGCGCGCGAGAGCUUAACCAACUAGACCAAGUUCGGAUAGAUACAAUGAUUAUUAUUCACAUGGAAAUUAUGAAGGUUAUGAUGAAUAUUCACCGUAUGAUGAUUAUAAUAACGGGAAUGGAUAGGACGAAACGGCCGUCCAAUGCUUCCACGUUUUCCAUGGUGGUCUAGCUUCAAUUGACUCAUGUUCUCAACUAUUGAAAUUACUACAAUCUCCACAAAACCCCUUCUGAUAUUGAGCUUAUAUUAUUAAUAAUUUCUUACUAAAUUUUUAUAAGUCAUGAUUAUUCUAAUAGUAAAUCUAUUGAUGUAGAUAAAAAGACUUUCUAGUUGGACACCAACAAAGAGUACAGGUGAAUUCCAAGUUGUCUAACUGGGAAACUGUGCUCAUUAGUGGUGUGCUCCAGGGUAUAGUUUUGGGGCCAGUGUUAUUCUUCCUGUUUGUACAUGACCUUCCUCCUAUCAUCAUCAGUCUUGCCAUAUACUGACAAUGUCAAGAGAUGGAGAGGGAUACGAAGUAAGGGUGAUAGCUUAGAACUUCAAAAUGAUCUGGAGAAAUUAUCUGAAUGGUCUCUAACUUGGCAGUUGCCGGUAAAUACUUCCAAGUGUUGUGAUCCACAUUGGUCAUCAAGGUACAGAUACAUGCAUGAUGAACAACACUGAGCUACCUAUUGUCUAGACACACAAUAACUAAGGGGUCAUCGUUAGCCAAGACUUAAAGACUACUGCACAAUGCCGUGCAAUAGCCGCCAAAGUUUUAGAACUUUAUGGUCAAUACGUAGGGCUUUUAGUCAUGUCGACGCUUAAACGUUUUUAAACUUUGUAUACAGUGUUCAUGCUUAAAUAAUGACAGUGAGCUUAUGGAAAAGGUUCAGAGAACAGAAACCAAGCUGAUUACCGGAAUAGCGAAGCUCCCGUAUGAUGCUCGACUGGCCAAGUUAAAUCUAUUUCCGUUGUCAUAUCGGAGAACUAGAGGCGACUUGAUUACAGCUUUCAAAUUGCUUAGUGAUAAAUUUGCACCUGAUAUGCCCUCAUUUUUCUUGUCUUCCAAAACAGAGAACUUACGAGGACACUCUAAAAAAGUUCACAAGCCCAGAACAAAUUACUUGUCGGCUGACUAUCGACAUUCCCAUCAAAUCAUCAACGAGUUGAAUUCAUUACUUCAGCGCGUGAUUGAGGCUCCAUCUGUCGACUGUUUCAAAAGAAAGUCGGAUCAACUGAGAGACGAUUGUUGCCAGGACUAACACAGGCAAUCAAGCCCUCUAUCCUUUUCAAACUGAAAAUAAAACAUAUUAUGGGUUUUUUCAUACUAUUGUUUCAGUUAUAUAUCCUUCCAAUGAGUCCUACAUCCAAUAGAGUAAUCGUCAUGGACUUUACAGCUAAUCACUCGUAACUAAAAUCAAGUCUCCCUUGAAAACCUAUGUUAUUUAAGUGACACUGUUUUAAGCGUAAUUUGCAAUAUUAUACUUCAAAAAGCGACUGAAGAAAAUGAGCAUCUGCUUCCUAUGAGAACGUGAAAUUGUAGUGAAGACGAACACAGAUGAGUACACAUACUUGGUAAAAUAGAAAAACUUCACACUAAUACUCCAUUUGCAAAAUGUUCAAUAACUGUCUCAGACUUCAUUGUUCUUGCAUUUCCAUACCAAUUGUUUUCUGUUUCCGUUCUUUCCUCUUCGAUCUUCGAACUUUCUGCUACCAGACAUUUUAUUCCUGACUAGCGUUAUAUACUACUUCUGUCGAUAUAAGUAGAAUAUACAACAAAAUUAUUGUUUUGAAUAGACCUUUAACAAUGAUUCUGAGACAAAGCAUCCAUUCUUCUUACAUUUAUUAAACUGAUUAUGAUAUUUUGUAAAAGUACCAAACGAACUUAGUCAAUGUUAACUAAACGCAAAUUACAGAUUAGAAUGCAAGUUAAAAAACAUAUGAAAUCCACAAAACUACGCCUCACAAUUGUCAUCGAUUGAAUGUAGAAUUGAGCCAAUUCAUCCAGGAACUUUUCGUUAGAUAGUAAAUCUACCUAAUAACAUUCAUUCAGUACAUAAGAUGGUGCUGAAUUUUGACGAAACUUAACAUUAAAUUACAUUAAUAUGAAUGUCUCAUACAACUUUAUAACCACUGUUAUAAAAUUCAAGAAUUUUUUUCAUUUAAACAAACUUUUAAAGUUUUAAAAUAAUCCAUUGAGUCAUUGAAUAAGAAUAAAAAGAAUUCGACGAGAUCAUUUACUUACGCUGUGCAUUCAUAUUCAUAGUUAUAUGGUAAACAUAUGUCUAUAGAGGGAUAGAGAUGAUUGCAUCAUAAAUUGAUGCGAGACUCCAUAAAACUAUAAAUACAAAUCGACAGCUUAAAUAAAUGAUUUCGUCAGAAAGAAAAUUUUCUUCGCUUAAUUCUCUUUAUUCUAAAGUUUUAAUUUAUUUCAUACUUAACACUUGAAGUUUAUGAACUAGUUCAAAUGUUUAUACUAUUUAACUUGAGUGAGAAGCCGACACCAUUGGAGUUCAAUCCGUAUCGGGUGUGAGGCAGUUACUCACCAAAGACAAUGGAAGAUGGUUGUGCAGUUUCGUGGAUUGGUUGAAGUCAAACAUUAACACCACUGAAUGAUGGCUCAGUGGUCUAAUGGUUAAGAGUUCGCAUGUGAGAGUGAAUUUUCUGUGUUUGAAUGGUGAAUACGGGAUGGUGUUGAAUACUUAUGUGGAGAAUCGUACUAGGACGAAAUGACCAUCCAGUACUCUUAGGUUCUCAAUUAGUGGUCUAACAUUGAUCGACUCAUGAUCUCAAUACAAACAACACAACCCCAACUUUAUUUAAUGUUCUAAAUUAAAACAGAAAUUUUUAAAAUACAAAACUCAACAGAAUGAUUGUCAUGAUGGAAUUCAACAGUGAAAAUACUACAAUUCUCAUACUGAUAAUCUCAAGAAUAUAUUUGUAAAUGUAUACGGUUGACCUUUUAAAAAAGUACACUGAUCAAUUAGUUAAUGGUAAUUAUUUCUCAUCAAGUCUUGUUAUUACUAAUAAAAUGUAACAUAAAUUAGUUGUAAAUAAUAACCAAUCAAAUGAUAAUUCUAGUUUGUUUAUUAAAGUGCAUACUAUUUCAAAAAGUUUCACAUAUAUCUAUCUAUCGCUGUAAUUAAAUUAAACACCGAAUAUGUUUUAUUCAAUGUUCAAUGUUCGAUAAAACAAAGAGAUAGUUUACUGUUUAUUGACCUAAUAAUAUGUUUAUUCCUAUUGUAGAGGCAAUCAGCUGUAAUCAGAAUAAUCGAGGAAUGAAAAUAUGUGAUGAAUAUUUAGGUGAUAAAAUGGUUUACAUACUUACGUUUGUUACCCCUCAUGGAGGAGCAUAGACCGCCCACCAACAUUCCCUAUCGAACUCUAUCCUGAGUAGAUAAAAUUGUUUGCAUAGUUUAAAAGUAAUAACUUUUAGAUUACAAGUAUGAUUAUAAAUUAAUCAUACGCUUGUAUAAAAAAAUGUAGUUAGAAUGACAUAACUGCGAAAUAUUUUUAAUAGAACAUUGAGUAAUUAUAUUUAAGUGUUAAGGUUCAACGAGUUAAAUGCUUCAUGUUUAAGUAUGUAAUGACCAUUUUAAUCCUUAAUCUAGAAUAUAAAUUAACUUUUCAAAUAAUCUAAGUUUUUCAGAAUAAAAUAUCAGAGAUCUCAUGUUUGUAUUCUCUUAAAAUAGUGUCACUCUUGUCAUAAUGAAUAGAAUAGCCGGAUAUCAUAUUUUGGUAUAUUUUCAUUAAAGUAUAUAUGUCUCUAUAAUUAUUCUUAAGUCUUAUCUUCAGCCACUUCCUAAUAAAUUACAAUAUGGAUGCUUCAGUCAGGUUGCUUCAUUCAAUCUCAUUGAAACGAAUGAUUUAAAUCUGAAAUAAUUUCCGAUAUGGAGAUUUGAUUAUCACAUGAUCAUAUAUAUAUAUAACAGCAUAUGCUAUUCAAUGAUUUCACUCUCAUAAAUUAACACUUCAUCAGAAGAAACAUUCUGAAAAUGAAUAUUUUACAUUUUUAUUUGCUAGGAGUUGUUUUACAUGUAUCCAGUGAUAGAUUUGUUUACAACAGAACACAUAUAUUCAUAUAUUUUAGAAAUGAUUCUUAUAAUACAUCUGAGAAUUUAGAUGGAGAACAACUGUUCAAAUAUGUUAAUGAAUCGUUUCUAAAUUCUUUGCUAAAAGACCAGAAUACAAACUCCUCAUUAGAUGUUGAACUAAAAAUCAAGACAGAAAAUAGAACAAUUAAUUUGCAUUCAAAUGAAACGGAUUUUAAUACUGAAAAAAUGAAUUUUCCUAAUAACACAUGGCCUCAAUUGAAUUUUUCCAGUUUUCCAUUCAUGAUGAAUGAAUCUGAUGAUCAACAACAUGAGAGAAGUGUUGAAUUUAAAAGUCAACAGUUGGAAACAAAACUCGAAAAAGUAGCUAAUAUUAGUGAUCACAUCGAAAAAUCUCUUUUUGCAUCAAAUAUAACGACUAACUGGUUAUUUAUAUGAUAUAUCACAUACUGAAAUAAUCAUGAAAGCUUCUUCACUAUUAUGGUCAUCAAGAGGAGGAAUGUAAUGCUGUACAAUAAUUAUAGUCAUUUAUCAAAAAUGAAUAGAAACCUUUUAGAUCUAAAUAAUUGCUUUUUAUAUCGGCUCCUAACAUUGGAAUACAGAAACUAAGUUAAGCGAAUUGCAUAUACAAGACAUGAGACCUGAUUUGAGUUAAACUGCUGAUAAUUAUCAAUUUAUAACAAGACUACCAUCCAUUUACUCAAUAAUUAGCCUUAACAAUGUCACUUUUAUUAGUGAAAUAAGUGCAAUAAUCCAGUUUCUACUAGUCCAUUGUUAUUUAGAAUAAUUUUUGACUGACUCUAGACUGAUGUCUGGUAGUUGAAUUCCAAUUUCGGGCUUAUUGAAGUUCCUUAAGAAAAACAAUUUUUCACAAAUAUAAGUUGACUUAAAAUGACAAACGCUUUGCUUGUAAAAUGUUUCUUAUUAAGAAAAUAGUACCCUGUCGAAUUAACAAAUAGAAUUUGGACGAUGUAGUUUCCUUGAAGUGUUUAUUUAUGCCGUAAUUAGCUUGUAUGAAAAUUGAUCAGCCAACAAACACUAGGAAUGUUGAGGCUGGACAUAAGGUACUUGGUGGAAAAUCAGUUUAUAAGGUUUCAAAUAUUUAUUGAUGUCUUGGAAGUAUAGCUCUUAAACAUUUGGGGACCAUCGAGUUAGCAAUUCUGACGUUAGAUACAGAGUGAUAGGUAAUUAACGUAACUAAAUUGAUAAGUGAUGGAUUUU